AUGCUGGUUUGGGACGCGGCGGCAAAGACGAAUGAAAUAUGCCUCAACGACCUUCUGCUGAGCGGCGAUAUUGCCGAAAUGUUCCACAGAAUCAACAUUCGCCAUGAGGACAUGCAUGCUCAGCGCUUUCUUUGGUACGAUGCUAGCCAGAAUAAAAUAAACACUUACGUAAUGAGAGCCAUGACCUUCGGAAUUAGCUGCGCACCAUUUAUAGCUCACUACGUGCGCAACAAAAACGCCGAACUCCACCAACAUCAAUUCCCAUUAGCCGUGGACGCGAUUCAGCGUGCACACUACGUCGACUUUAUCGACAGCAUGAGCGACGAGGAAAAAGCCAUCGAAAUAUCCAACCAAGUCAAAGAGGUUCACGCCAGAGACGGAUUUGAAAUUCGCAACUGGGCAUCAAAUUCCAGAGAAGUCCUCUCUCAUCUUAAAAACGACGGAGACACCGAAAAUCAGAAGCCAGUGCAGUUCAGCGCUACAGAAAAGGUUUUGGGUAUGUACUGGGACCCACGUAACGACAUUUUUAAGUUUGUAUGCAGAUUCUCAAGACUUAAGCGAGACGUCUUUAUUGAUACUGCGGUCCCAACUAAAAGAGAAGUUCUCCAGGUCCUAAUGUCUAUCUUCGACCCCUUGGGUCUGCUAUCGUGUCAUACCAUUGGGCUAAAAAUUCUUCUGCAGAAGACCUGGCGCGCAAAUAUUAACUGGGACGAAGAGCUGCCAGAGUCAUUGCUGAAGGACUGGAAACAGUGGAAGCUGUUACUUUCCCAAGUUGCAACAGUCAGCAUUCCAAGAUGCUACUCCAUGGGGAUACCAGAAGCAAGCCGCAUCGACCUGCAUACAUUUGUGGAUGCUAGCGAGCAUGCUUAUUCCGCUGCCUGCUAUCUGCGGGUGCAGCAAAAGGACAAGGUGGACGUAAUGCUCGUGGUCGCUAAAAGCAAAGUGGCGCCACUAAAACCACUGUCCAUUCCACGCAUGGAGCUCCAAGCAGCAGUGAUGGGCUCACGCUUGGCGAAAAUGUCCGUAACCUUCAAGUCGACAGUACUACCUUCUGGUCGGACUCACGCACCGUUCUUCAAUGGCUGGUUAUAG